AUGCUGAACAAGGUGUUCAAUCAAGAGGAGAGAGCCACGCUGACUCGGGGGAAGCGGCUGUCUCUCAUGGAUCCAGAUGGCUUCCUGGAGGACUUUUGUUGUUUGGCCAAACCUGCAGAGCAAAGCGCUGGUGAGGAGCCGGCACUCCCUCACCUUGCUCUCUCCUCCCCGAGCUGCGCAUCGCUGAGCCAGGCCAGGCUCCCGGAACUGAGGGCCGAGCCCAGGGGAUCCAGCCCAGCUCCAUGCAGCUUGUUACAGUGUGAAUCAGCAGGCUGCCCUGAGCAGAUGAGGAAGGACUCUCAGACUGUCAAGCCCAGCGGGACUCUGCCCAAGGGCCCUGGAGGGGAAGCCCCUCCCCAACAGGAAGUUUCCCUCAACCAGCACCUGGAGACGGCAAUCAAGAGCAUCCUGGACCUGAAGAAAAGCCAGAGACCCCCACUGAUCAGUAACAAGAGUAAUAAUAAUAAUAAUAAUAAUAAUAAUAACAAUAACAACAGCAGCAGCAGCACUGCCACGCCUCCCGAACCAACAGCACCCAUCAGCACAGCUCAGCCCAGUGCCACGCCCGCUGGCCAGGGUGCAGUAGACACAGACUCGGCUCUCGAAGCAGCUGUAAACAGCAUCUUAGAAUGUUAGGGGGGCUGUUCCUUCCAGCCCACCACCACCUGCCCAGUGCAGGAGCACAGAGGCGCUGGAACAUGGAGAGAACGCAGCGUUUCAAUGCACUUCAGCACAGAGGGACUUCCUCUCUCAUCACGGGAGGAGUGAAGAGGUAUUUCUUUAUUAGUGAAGAAACAUGUUUUCUUUUACUUUUGAGGUAAAUGUCUUGCCAAAAGGAAUGUGUGUCACGUCUCUAUCAUACUGUGAUAUGGAAAAACACGACUAUAUGGGGAUAUUAGAUUUGCAAAUACGUACAUAUGUAAACAUAAGUAUCUGUGGUAAAGUGCAUUGAAACUGCCCUGCUUGACCCAAGCAAGCCUUGUAUUGUGUUCAUGUUGUCUGAGCUGUGAAGGGGUUCAGCCUGGGACACUAAACAUGUCUGAGAAGGACGGGAAAGAACAGUUAUUUUGACCAAGUAUACGAAGAGCACUUUUUUUAUUUGAAGAGUAGUAUUUUUGUUCAUGAAUGUUUUUUUUUUUUAUCUUAAAAGUAUGUGCAACUCAAGCCUGUGUGAUACAGACUGGCUCACCCACCCCACACACAUUACUGACUGAACAAGAUCUACAUUCGUACCUUUUGUCAAACUCCCAGGUCUUCAUGCCGAAGUGUAAAAUACACACAUUUCCAUGGAGAGGCAGAGUAGGGACACUUUAGAGGUAAUGCAUUUUGGCUUUUGCAAGAAAGGUACAAAUUGGCUUGAGGAACUUCCAGCUGUUCUUCAUUUUUAAAAACAUUUUUAUUAUGUAUUUGUUUGAGCAGAAUCCAUACUUGUAUUCAUACUUGAAAUAGCAGCACUUUUUCUGAGGAUUGACAUGAAGCUGGGAAUUGAUAUUUUCAGUGUGAUGGCAUGUUCAUUUACCAUUCCCCAAUCUCAGAAUGAGACCUGAACUCUGAGAGCAGACACUUUUAAUAAGCAACCACACUAUUAAUUGGCUGUUCCUGGAACUUGGAGGUAAAUCCAAGGUGAGGACUGAGCAGGGAGGCCGAGUUAUUUGCUCACUCGGUGAUGCUGUCUGCACAAGUGUUUCCCACCUCAUUGAAAUGUGAGAUUCAGCACAGGAUCAUAUCAGCAUGGUUGGCUGGCUGCUCUGUUGUAGGAGGGGAGAGCGUUUCCCUCUGUGGGUCUUUGGAGCAUCAGUCUGUCGAUGCCCAGAAAUGCCCUAAUUUUUUUUUUUUUUUUUUUAAUAGUG